GAAACUGAAACUGGGUCUAGAAGGUCAUUCUCUGCGUGGCUUAAUACGAAAUCUGGUGACUAUGUCUAAGCUAAUUGAACUGAAGCAAGAUGGUGAUUUGGAAAAAUUGUUAGAGGAAAAUAAGACAAAGUUGGUUGUUGUUGAUUUCUUUGCUACUUGGUGCGGCCCAUGUAAAACCAUAGCUCCUCUGUUCAAAGAAUUGAGUGAGAAGUAUGACGCGGUCUUUGUGAAAGUCGAUGUCGACAAACUUGAAGAGACCGCCAGAUCCCAUAAUAUCUCAGCUAUGCCAACGUUUAUAGCAUUAAAAAAUGGUGAAAAAGUUGGUGAGGUUGUUGGAGCUUCUAUUGCUAAAGUUGAGGAUAUGAUCAAGAAACAUAUUUAAUUUCUGUAUUCUGGUAUUAAUAUACAUUUAAGUAUGCGUUUAUAAAUGUGUAUGUAUGAACGUUUUCAUUUAAAAUAAAUUAUACUCUUACAUUGGUUUCCUUCUCGAAUUACAUUGUUUUUUAUGUACUUGGAGUUCCGGGCGGUUGUUGUGCUGUAACUACCGUCUGGUCAAAAGUCAGGUUAGGUAUAUAGUCAAACUCCUAGUUUAUCGAUAUGUCCAAAUCUGACUAGUUUCAUGUAAUCUAACGUUAUCCAUUUGCCACUAUCUUUAACAGAUCCUUUACUAAUCUCAUGCUGAAAUUGUGGAGAAAGAUAAAGAUAAUCCAUAUACCUAAGAGAGUAUCUGGUGAUAAGAAUUUGAAAUUUAGACCCACAGCAAUAACCUCACCUUUCCUCAAAACAAUGUAAAAAUUAUUGUUACUACCACUUCACCCGCAAUAAAAGACCACAUUGAUCCGUAUCAGUUGGCUCACAUAUGCAGAAGAAGCGCUUUAUGUGUUGUUGCUGUUCUGCAUCACAACAUAGUGUUCAGCUUGGGAAAGAGUAAGAGGUAUGUUCGAUGCGCAUUUCUGAAUCAUGCUUUUGAUACUAUACUAAGACUAAUUUACUUGUCAAGUUAAUCACUCUCAACACUGACUGCUGGAUAACCAAUUGGAUAUGUUCUUAUUUCUCUGAAAGGGGGCAGUACACUGUGUUUGGAGGGAAGUGUCCAACGUCUAUACUGUCGCAUGAUGGUGUGCCACACCGAGCUGUUCUUUCACUUCUUUUUUCCCGCAUAAUCUGCCAUCAUCCAAAGGAAACACUCGUGGAAUAUGCAGACGAUUUCUAUGUGUGCCGAUUUCUACCCUUUUGUCUCGUAUUGGGUGGUGGCCUGUUGACUGUCUCAUAAUUAAUCCGUCUAAAUGUCGAACUGCUAACUUGAGCCUGAGACAUGAACAGCAUCUAAAUACAUGUUGGGGUCUCAUAAUGCUUGUGCCAUUAGAGACUGAUAAACACUGUCGAAGGUCAAUUAUCUUGAUGUUACCUUUUCCUCUGAUCUCUCUUGGUCUUCUCAUGUUUUACUAUUAUCGAAGAAAGUUUUCCGUCUGACUUACUACGUGGGGAGGCUGUGUUUUUGGGAUUACUCGACAUUUACUCUUACAAUCUGUCGAUCCCUCCAUAUUACCAGUUAUUCUUUGCUGUUCUGCUUUAUUCUUUCCCGGGAUUUUGAGAUAAAAACUGCUGUGUCGCGGAGAGUUCUGAAGUCAAUUAAAAAGGUGUGCGGUGAAUCUUUCGAAGUCAUUAAUAUGGUUGUGGAUAAACAUCUAAAGUCUUGCAAACUCCUGGUAGGUGUUAUCAAGUAAUGAACAUUCCCUUCAUUCACGUAUUUCUGAUAUAUCCUCUGUUAGAACGAGACGUCAAUGCAAUAAAAUCCAUGCAUGCAAGCAAAGGUUUAAAAGUUCGAUAAUACCUUACCUAGCAAAUAUAAUCUGUGACGAACACGUUGUUAGAGUUAACGUAGUCAAUAACUCGUAUCAUUGGACGUCUUUCACUUGAAAAGUUGUGCGGAUUCAGUUCUUUUUUGUUGUUUUUGUAAAAGAAAGUUGUUGAAAUACUUCGUGCUGAGAAUUCUAUGUUGUACCAAAAUAUAACAUUGAAUAGAGCUAUUAAUAAUAAUGAACAAAAUCUUCAAGUUGACCACAGCUCCUACCUUAAUUUAGACACCUUUCUAAAAUGUUUCCUACUAUUAGUUCGUCAAAACAUACUUCAAACAAAUGAAUAGGCAGUUAUAGGAAAUCGGUUUUUUUAAAGGUUUGUUUGUAGUUUCUUCGCAUCACCAAUAAUCAUGUACAUAGUUCUUAGGUAAAUCACAAGCACAUAAUUGUGCAAUGGUCCUGUGGAUGGUGCCUAGCAUGUAAUCUUCGUUCUAGAUACAACGUAGAUCAAAAGUAUUAAGCGUUCUCUACAACAUAGCUUUGACAUUAUGUCAUACCGUAUGGUUCACAAUUAAUACGUCUAGCAAGGUCAAAUGUAUUCAGAACUUAGUAGGGGUAAAUAUAUCCCGGCAUCCCUCGUAAUCAAUUAUGGACUUAAAUCGCGUUAGUAAAUAACGGAAUGAAAGUAAGUCAAGCACGAAAAUAACGUUUGAAUACAUUCAGAGUAAUGCACAGAAGGAAAAGAAGCGAAAAGAAUCAGAGAAUGUAUAUGGGACAACUCAAUUUAAUCAAACAUGACUAUAUAUCUUUAGUCAAACACAUAGCGAAUAGAGUAAGUAAUUAACAUACAUUGAAUCACAUAGAAGCAGUCAGAAUUUAAUAAAUGAAUAAGUGACAAGGUAAAAAUGUGGCUUAAGAAGAAUGAGUAGAUUGGUCUGUCUAGAGGCUAGAAUAACCCAUGUCGGCUUGACAUAGUACCAGCCCCUAAAAUACACAGUUAUUAUACAAUAUAAUGUAAAUGAAUAUUAAUUAAUGAAAUAGUAUCAAUCACGUACUAUAUCAAUAAAUAACUGAAAGAAAACAUGAACACAACUACUUCAAUAAGUCUUAUACACAAUAAAUGGAAUAUGACUAGCAGGAAGAUUUAAAAAGAGCAUCACUUCAUCCUGUUUGUCCCAGAGUUCAUGUCCACUUUAUCAAGGUGGUUAGCGUUUUUCUAGUGGUUUAGUUUUCUACAGGAUGAGAUCGCUAACUCAAGGUGAUCUGCACAAUAUGCACAUAUCCAAAUUGAGAUUAAUUAUAUUUCUGUUAAAAAUACAGACAGCGGAAUAAUUCAAAAUGAUUAUAAAUCAAAUGAAAAUUGAUAGUGAUUAGCUAUAUGGAUGUAUUAGUUAUGCAAAUAACGCGUUAGUUAGUAUAAAGCAAAGGAUACUGAGUUCAAGUCCUGAAAUGAAUAUGAACUUACUACCUGGGAUCAAGACACAUUCAACUAACAAAAAAAAUUAUCUAAAUAGAACUUAGUAAUGCAUUUUCUUUUUGAUGUCAUCUACUAUUCACAUUUUGAGGGGAGCCCUUCACUUGGGAUCCUCAAGGCCAAAGGAGAAGAGAAAGAGACCAAAGAACACAUUACGCUGACAAAUGGAAACAGAUAUGAGAAGAAUGAACAACAAUUGGAUAGAAUUAGAAAGGAAGGCUCAUGAUAGAGUGAGUUUGAGAAUGCUGGUUGGUGGCCUAUACUCCAUGGAGAGCAACAGACGUAAGUAAUGAAUUACACUCUUUCAAAUAUGGGAUAUAUAGAACUCAAAAUAACUGUCUGUCAGCUAAUAUCAAGGUCAGAUUCUUCAAUACCAACAUCAAGACAGUUCUAAUGUACGGAGUUGAAACGUGGAGAACUACUACUACCACUGCCAGGGGGGGAGUUCCUUCACUGUUUACUGACUCAAUAAGCAGUUUACUUGGCACAAACAAACUAGCGUGACAACUGAAUGUACGCCUACUUUAAUAAAGGCAUAUAUCAAAAGGUGAUUUAAUGAUAAAAACUAAUACCAUUCAUAUAUUAACUGAAUAAAUAUAAUAAACCCAUGGUGGUUGGAGGUAGUCAACAAGAGACCCUGGACCUAGGUUUCGUGCUACUUGCCACUCGUCAGCAAGGCGUACCUGUAAUCUUGAUGGAACAGUCAAAGACAUUACCACUAAGCUAUUCGGGUCGCCGCUGGUCGAUAGAAUUCAAUCUGCACUAAGAAGGACCUAACAUUGAUCACUACCCAAUUAUAAUAAACCCAUAACCAGAAUUUAAGGAAUGAAUAUCAACAAAGGAAAGAGAAUAGAGAAUAACUAACUUAUGAUUCGUUUUGAAAUGAUUUAAUUCAGUAUUUAUUCAGUACCGUUGUUAAUGACAGAAAAUGUAAAAAUAUGAAACUAAGUUAUAGUCAGUUACGUAUAGCGAAUGUACUUUACCCGGAUUGAUCAGUCUUACGCGUAUAGUCGUUUGACUAAUCGUCAACUUCGUGACCUUGAAUGAGUACUGAAUGUAUUAUAGAAGUAUAUGAAGUGCACAAAAAAAUAUUUCAUUUUGUGAAUUAUUUGUAUACAUAAAUCUGAAUCACUUUUACUAAUUUGGUUAGUUAUCAAUGAUGACCAAACUAUUUCUAUCUAAUUAUAAUGGUAUGGUGUAUCUAAUUAAACUUGAAGCAUUACAAUAAACAAGAUCUUAGCAUUUAGUUUAUGAUGUCACUACAAUAUAUCAAUCUUGUUGAACGACUAUGCCCUGUUAUAUCCGAUCUAUAUUAUGUUGGCUUACGAGAAAUUAUUUCAAUCUACCAUCUUAUUGUUAUCAAAUAUUGAUCUUGUAUUUCAUUAUUGAAUAGAAGUACACAUAUCUAUGCAUCAUUUAGAAGUGAUUUGUGCAACUUUCAAUCAUGGAUUGAGAUUUUUGUCAUUAGAGUUGAUAGGAUGGAAAGAAAAGUCAAGAUUAUUUCCGUUUCGAUUCAAUGAGAUGAUCAUUCAGUGAGGUAUUUGCUUUCUUUUCUCGUACGAUAUUUUAUUCAAUAUAGUAUACGAUAUUCUUGUAUUCCAUUGACAUGAACUAUGCUCAGUAUGUGAUUUCAUUCUAAUUAUUAAUCAAAAUGGGUGUACAAUCAACAUGUAAAUGAGUGUCUUUUCUAUUAGAGUUGUCAACGUCGUUUAGGGGAUAAUAAAUCACCACUUAUACC